AGCAAAGUCAACGACCACUAUGUCAUCUCCUGAAGAUUCAACAAACUCGACUGAAGCAAAGUCAACGACCACUAUGUCAUCUUCUGAAGAGUUAACAAAAUUGACAACAACUAAAAGACCAAUGCCAGAAACCAAAAUACUUAAAGUGAAAAGAACCAAUAUACCUACAACAAAAAGAACUAAAGGACCAACGACAACAACCAAAAUACUCAAAGUGAAAAGAACCAAUAUACCUACAACAAAAAGAACUAAAGGACCAACGACAACAACCAAAAUACUCAAAGUGAAAAGAACCAAUAUACCUACAACAAAAAGAACUAAAGGACCAAAGACAACAACCAAAAUACUCAAAGUGAAAAGAACCAAUAUACCUAUAACAAAAAGAACUAAAGGACCAACGACAACAACCAAAAUACUUAAAAUGCCAACAACCACGACACCAACAACUUCGAAGUCAACACCAAGUAGAAACGAAUCAUGUACUUACAACAAUGUGAAAUACAAACACGGAAGUAAAAUUCAGGAAUACUGUAACCUAUGCGCAUGUGACAAUGGACAAUGGAAUUGCACACAUAAACAAUGUACUGGACGGUGUGUUUUUUGGGGAGAUCACUAUUUUAAAACAUUUGACGGAUUGAUCUAUAGCUACAAUGGUCAAUAUUCGUCUCAUUUGCUUCAACUGGGUGACGAGAUUGAUAUCAUUUCACACCAUAUACCCUGUUCAUAUGGUGUGGCCAAAGUAUCGUGUUUAACAGGAAUCACGCUUAAAGCAAAUUACUUGGGUCUAUCAACAUCCAUUGAUUUCUACAAUAAUUCGAAAAUCAUUAUUAAGAUUGAUGAAGUCGAUAAAACAUCAUAUCUUCCAAUUGCUCUGUUGCACGAUCGUGUUUACCUUCGUAGAGAGGACACAGGUGUGGUGUCAGCCACAUUCUCGGAUGGUUUAAAAGUAACAUGGAAAAUCAAUGAACUUAAUGAAAUUUCAAUAACCAUCGAUUCACCUACUUCUUAUAUUGGCCGCACAAGUGGUUUAUGUGGAAUGUACGAUGGAGACCAUUCAAAGGACUUGAAAAUACCAGACGGUGCCAUAAAUAUUAAUGCUACUGUCUCUGAAAACUCAUGGCACUAUAAAUCCACAACAGAUAUUUGCGCAUCAAAUCCAAAACGCAUGCAGAAAGCACAAAAAGCAUGUUCUUAUUUGAAGAGUGAUGUUUUCGUUAAUUGCAGUAUGGAUUCCAAAAGAUAUUACAAGACUUGUAUGCACGUUUUGUGCGUAACAUAUACUGAUGAGAAAUUUAAUGCCCGGAAAGAUUCAGUUUAUGAUGAAUAUGCAGAAGAAUGCAGUCGUAAAAGUGGAAAAACUAUUCAUUGGAAAGAUGUAACGUGUCCCAUCGGUCAAGUGUUCGCAAAUUGCUCCAAAUGGUCUUAUCGCAGCUGUAAUGACGUACUUUCACCAUAUACACAAAAUUUUAGUACUUCUUGUGUCGCCAGCUGUCGUUGUCCAGAAGGUCAGGCUUUUAACAUUAACGGCAAAUGUGUCGCAAUCAAAGAAUGCGCAGAAAAAACAUGCACCCACAACGACCGACAGUACACACUCGGAAGUAAAGUUCAAAAAGAUUGUAACACAUGCAAAUGUCAGAAGAAUGGACAAUGGAAUUGCACUGAAAUUAAAUGCCCUAAACCAGAUAGGUGCAAAUCAAAUUCAUCACACAAAAAAAAGGUAUACGAAGCAUGUUCUGAUUUGAAUAAGACCCUCUCCAACUGCCCCGUUGAUUUCGAAAAACAUUUCGAGACUUGUUUAUAUGACUUGUGCGUAGCAGAUACUGACGAGAUAUUUAAUGCAUGGAAAAGUGCAAUCAAUGACGAAUAUAUAAAUAAAUGCAAUAAGAGCAGAGAAAUUCAGCAACCCUACAGGCCUAAAGGGUGCACAUCAAAUCCAUCACACAAACAAAAGGUAAUCGAAUCGUGUUCUCAUUUCAAGAAAAACUUCGCCGACUGCCCCGUUGAUGUCUCAAAAUAUUACGUGACUUGUUUGGAUUACUUGUGCGCAGCAUAUACUGACGAGAUAUUUGAUGCAUGGAAAAAUGUAAUUUACGACAAAUAUAAAAAUAAAUGCAAUCAGUCUGGAGAAGCAAAACAACGCGACCACUGCGCAUCAAAUUCAGAACACAAUCGGAAGGCAUUAAAAGCGUGUUUUAGUUUGAAGAGGGACAUUUUUACUCACUGCUCCGUUGAUGUAUCAAAAUUUUACCAGAAAUGCUUAAAUGACUUGUGCGCCGCCGAUACUGACGUCACAUUUAAAGCCAGGAAAAAUCGAGCUUACAAUGAAUAUAAAAAUGCAUGCAGUCGCACGGUGAAAUGUCCAGCUGAACAAAUUUACACAGAUUGUUCGAAAUGGUCUUAUCACAGCUGUCGCGAUGUAUUACCACCAUAUUCGAAGAACUCUAAGACAUAUUGCAUUGUCGGUUGCCGUUGUCCAGAAGGACAAGCUUUUGACAUUAGCAAUCGAUGUGUCGCAGUCAAAGAAUGUAAAAGCAGGGCAUGUACUUACAACAAUGUGCAAUACCAACAAGGAAGUCAAAUUAAGCAAGAUUGUACCUCAUGUAAGUGUUACAAUAGUCAAUGGACCUGCACCAAAAACAAAUGCACUUUUAGAUCUCGCUUUUAUUCGACCAAACUGAAUGACCGUAACGUACGAGCAAAUUUAUCUUUAAAGCAAAGCAUCUAUAAAUACCGUACAUAUUAGACAUCCACUGUUGGGUAGUGACCGCUAGUCUGGCUCAAUACAUUAAA